AAACGGAAGUACGCGCCCACACACGCGCGCGCGCACAACUUGAGCGCUUAAACUUGAUGAAGUUUUGCUCCAAAGUUGACAGUGAGCGCGGACCAGCACGUCGUUCAGCAGCAUGGCAGCAGGCAAGUGGUGGCUUUGGUGCGUCGUGUGGCUCCUCGUCCGUCGUGGCUCCUGCAAAAGGCAUGGACACGAUGGAGCGCCGCACGAGCCCCUCAUCUUCAGCGAGCUGUGCGCCCUGAAGGACGAGUCGGGGCCCUGCAAGGCCAUUAAGGAGCGCUUCUUCUUCGACGUCAACACCAGGACGUGCCAGGUGUUCGAGUAUGGAGGCUGCGGAGGGAACAGCAACAACUUCGAGAGCCUGGAGGAAUGCGAGAGAACGUGCAUCGUCACAGAUGACAAGGACCCGUGUCACCUCCCGGAGGCUCCGGGUCCCUGUCGAGGGCUGGUGACGCGCUACUUCUUCGACACGGAGAGUCAGCAGUGCAAGAGCUUCUUCUACGGCGGCUGCUUCGGCAACGCUAACAACUUCAAGAGCAUGGAGGCCUGCCAGGCCAAGUGCCAGAACCCAGCAAAACCCAGUCAGGCGCCGGAGCUGAGGCGGUUGGAAGAUGCUCAGCCGACCUUCUUAACUGGAGAACAGACUGUGUUUGAGUCUCAAGUGCAACUGAACAACGCUAAUCAAGAAACAAAAGAUCUGAAGCGCGACCCCGCGUGCUUGAGCCCCGAGGAGAGGGGAACGUGUGAGGGAGAGGACAGGAGGUUCGCCUUCGACCCGGCCACCCGGAGGUGCCGCGCGUUCAUCUACAGCGGCUGUGGGGGAAACGACAACAACUUCCAAACCCGCAAGCAGUGCUUCAAGAAGUGCAUCAAGCGCAAGAGCGGUCACAGGCAGGGCAUCCCGGUGAGGAGGAAAGUCUACUACAAGUUGCCUCACUCGGAUCAAGCUUUGCAUUAAAGCCUAGGCGACGGCUGCUGUAUUUAUGUGCAUUUCCUGUUUGUGUGUGUCACUGGGCUUCAUUGUGACUCCAGUGUUAUAUGUGGCGUCAGUAUAUUGGACAACACACAUAUUUGCUUUGCUGCUGUCUCUCUUUUUUGCAUAUCUAUAAGUUACUGUAAGAAAAGCACCAAAGUCUUCAGGUUUGUUGUUCCAGUAGCUAAAUAGUCGCUUUGCUGCUUUUCUACAGUGUUUUAGGCAACGGCAGUGCUGCAGGCUGAAAGUGGCCUGUUCCAUCAUGACGCUAUCAAACACUGAUGUUGUUGUUGUUGUUGUAUCAAAGGAAGCAACUUAACUUUAAGAGUGAGGAGAACUUUGGUUCCACUUUUAAAGCCUCUGUUUGGCUUCAGCUCUGUGAACCUGACCUGCUUUAAUGUCAGCGUCUUAUCUACUGACCCAGACUCCAGAAGACGCUCCGCUUCCUUAUUCAUGCAGCCCGUCUCAAAGUGCAUCUGAGAGCAGGGUCGCACGAGGACAGGAAACAAAAAGAGUCUACACCUGUAAUAACCACUGUAAAUGUAAUGCAUCCAUUCAUAAUAAAGUCUAUACAGAG